CCGCCCCGCCCCGCGUCUGCCCCAGAGGGACCCGAGCCCCCCGGCCCGCCGCGUCCCCGCCGCCGCCGCCGCGCCCCCCGCCGGGGCCGACCGAGCCGAGCCGGGCCGGAGCGGCGGGCGCGGCCGGGCCGCCAUGGACCAUAAGCCCCUGCUGCAGGAGCGGCCGCCCGCCUACAACCUGGAGGCCGGCCAGGGCGACUACGCGUGCGGCCCGCACGGCUACGGCGCCAUCCCCGCCGCGCCCCCGCCGCCGCCCUACCCCUAUCUCGUCACAGGGAUACCCACCCACCAUCCCAGGGUCUACAACAUCCACAGCCGGACCGUCACCCGGUACCCUGCCAACUCUAUCGUGGUCGUGGGAGGCUGUCCCGUCUGCAGGGUCGGGGUGCUGGAGGACUGCUUCACCUUCCUGGGCAUCUUCCUGGCCAUCAUCCUGUUCCCCUUUGGGUUCAUCUGCUGUUUUGCCUUGAGGAAGCGAAGAUGCCCCAACUGCGGAGCCACCUUUGCCUAAAGGAGCAGCAGGUCCAGCUCUCCUCCCCCAGCUCUUUUUCUAAUGUAAAUGUUGUGUACAAUAGUUUUAUUUGAUUAAGCUUCAGAACUGUUUUGUAAAGCGAGGUGGGACAGAUGUGGCACACGCCAGCUGCGGUUUCCCGGAGCGUGGAGCGGCAGCGCUGCUCCUCCCGUCCGAGGCUCAUGACAACUCAAUAAAGCACUGCUUUUAUUUUCUGCAGUCUUCAAUUUGAGAAAGGUGAGAAAUAAUGUUUUCAAUAAAUGAGAUUCAUACCAUU